UAAGGUUGAACGCUAUUUGUCAUACAGUCUUUACGUGUUAGACCGUGCAGGGAGAUGGUUGUUUUUGUACAGAGAGCAUCUAACACGUUGUUUUAAUCGGUACAAAAUUGUGAAAAUGAGUUCGUUUUCGUACGGUUACAAAACAGUCGCAGAAGGUGGAACAGAAAGUGCGUCGAAACAAAAUCCAGGAUGCGAUUUACAGUGGGAAGGCUUGAACAUAUUCUACAGAUGUAAAGAAUCUCGCACACCGAGACAAUGGUUUCAUAAGAUGAACACAUCAAUAUUACAGUACAUUUUUACACAAAAGGGUAAACGUGUGACUACAGCACUGGGUAAUAAGGGCAUGGAAUUUAAGCUUGACCAGACGUGUAAUAUUUGCAGAAUUGAAAUCGUUUAUAGCCAAGAAUUAUCCCCAGACACACUGAAAGAACUAUUUGAAAACCAUAUAUUAAGAGGGGAAGUAACAUAUCGUAUUGAUCUGAGGAAAAAGUCUACUGAAGAAGUCAAAAGAAAGGCUGAACAUUUAAACCUGACAUCAGACAGCCACGGAGCGGUCUAUUUUGAUAAGAGCGGUCGGCAGUUGAACUGUGUUGCAGAAAACAAUGAUGUUUUAGAUGCUCUUUUGAUCGAAAUUGGUUAUGAAGAGGUCGAUAGAGUCAGACUGAAUGAUAUAUCUGGACCUGUUCUGCAUGAUUUGCAAUUCACUAAAGAGAUUCAGCUUUACCAUUCAAACAUUACUGACAUCAUUUUUGAGGACAAGGAUGUUGUAUUCAUGUGGAAUGGUAGAAAGCAACAAAGCGGAUGCGAAUUGCUAACACAAUUCGAAAAUAAAGUAAAACGCUGUUCGGUUUUAGAAGGAUGUAGGAAUGCUCGACAUAUUGUCUUUGAUUCUCAAGGCGAUGGACAUGUGAAUAACGCUUACAUUCAAUACAUUAGAAAUAGGACGGAGCAUUCGAAGGGUUUGGUAUGCCCGCUUUUUACGUUUGGCUCAGACGGAAAGACAAUAACUCUUCUUACAUUGGGUGAGUUGGAGCCCAUUCUUGAUGUCGUCGACCAAUCUAUUACUGAGAGACAACUGGACAAGGAAACCGCAUAUCAUUUUUUUAAAGGAGACUAUUCGCAGGGCUUCCUCGUGAAUGGAACACGCUCAAGAAAACUUAAGUACAGUACAAAAACAAAUAAAAUCGUUUGUACCAGCGAUUUGGAGAUUGAAUUGGAAGACCUUAUUAAUCAAGCAACACCUUACAGAAAAGAACUACUACACUUAUCAGACUUCCAUGUAUCGUUUUUAAAUCGGUUUGCUAUGCCGUUAAAAGAGCAGGUCCAGAGAGAGUACCACAUUGAGCUAAUACUGGAACACAACAGAUGUUUUCUUCAAGGAAAAGACCCGCAGUUGUUGAAAGAAGGAAGGGAAUUUUUUAUAGGAAGUUUGAACAAACGGUUUACACGUUUUUCAACGAAUAUAAAUGAAGUUGCUGUUCUCAAACUAAAAGCAAAGAUAGAAAAUGUAACCUCAGAAAACAACUGUUCAUGGAAACUGAACUUCACAAAUGAGUGCUGCAAUAUCGACCUCAGCAAGUACCUUGGGGCAUGGCACGAUCCUCUUGCGAAUAUCAUUAUUUGCGUCCAGAAUGUUGAUAACGGUGAUUUGGUUGCUGCUGAUCUUGUUAUCGAAAUGACUACCAGCAACCUGUUUCCACUAUCAAAGCUAUUUAUAAAAGAAAGUACUUCAUUGAAGCAAUUGCAGUCUGGAAAAAGAGUUCUCGUUGGUCAUGAAGAAACACUCGACGGGCCCUUUCAAUCAGAUACAUUAUGUUGCAAAAGCAUGUAUGUUGUAGUCAUAUACUCCAGUCAAGGAAAUGAAGAGAGUAUUACCUUUUCGAAACUGAAGGAGUGUUUCAGUCGUGCAUUGCAAUAUGCUGACAACAAUGGAAUGGAAUCGUUAGCUUUGUCGACAAAAUUGCUGCAAGAUUUUCCGAUUGAAAAACAUAUCACACCGAGCAUUUUUGCGUCUUUAAAGGAAUAUGUCGAUUUGCAUCAUCAACACCGCUUUAAGAAAAUAAUUCUGUGCUGCGAAAAUGAAAAUUCUCAAGACAUUUGUAACGUUGUUGAGAAUAUGCAUGAAACAAGAAAAGGCUACCGCAGGAUCUUGAGCUUACCAUUGAAUCCAAGCAGAGAGAAUACACCCAUACAAUCGAACGUUAAGGUUGGCAGCAUCACUGAAUCGAUGAGAGACGUUAUUGUCACCACUGUGAAUGCGAAUCUCAACUUUGCAAGGGGUCAAGUUUCGAAGAUGAUUUUAGAAAAAGCAGGUCCAAAGAUGCAAGCAGAGUGUAAGAAGAAGUACCCGUAUGGCAUUGCGCAUGACCAGAUCGCCUAUACAAAAUCUCAUCGCAUGGGAGACAGUGGCUACGUCAAGUACCUUUUUCACGGAGCGCUACCAAACUAUUCUUUUCACGAUUACGAAAAGACGGUGAAGAACUUUGUGAAGCGCUGUUUAUAUCUGGCGGACCGACUAGACUGUAGAAGUUUGGUUUUUCCUGCGAUUGGUGUUGGGAACCUUGGUUAUCCUCGACGGGAAACGGCUGCGGCAAUGUUUGAGGCGAUUGAAGAAUACCCCAAAGAAGCAGCAAACUGUGGUAUUCAAGAAGUAGACAUUAUGGUGUUUGAAGGUGACCGAAAAUCAUGUAUGAAUUUUCGCGCGGAAGAAUGGCGAAAGUCGACGAAUGCUGCCAAACUCAGACAUAAGCUAGCUGGAACAACUGAAGUCAAACCAGUGCCCUGUCAGGUGCUAGUCAAGAAUAUCGGAGAAGACACAAAAGUAAAAAUUGCCAGAGUCGGAGCAUGCCGACAGCCAACAUUUGCUGUGGAAAUUGUUAUGCGAGUAGGAUCAAUUGGAAUAAAACCUGCUUCAACGCAUCCUCAAUCGUGGAAUGAUCAGAUCGAUGUUUGUUUUGAGUGUGCUGGCAUUGCAAACAUAGACAUUGAAAAGCUUGGAAGCAUUUUGUUGGAUGAACGAAUAACUGAAGUAUUUUUCUUUGCAGAUAAAAAGGACAAGUUGCCUUUUUCUAAACAGGUUAUUCUCUUGGCAAAUUUAGUUCAGCAACUAGCUGAAAACACAAAGAAGCCAACCUAUUUGAAGACAUGUACUAUUUUUGUGGAUGAUCAGGUUGAGGACGUUGUUCUUGCGUCAGAUGAAGGAUGGAAGUGGACUGAAUGUGCUGAGGAGUCAAACAUAGCAAUCGAACUUCUUGGUCAAACAGAAGAAUGCGUUGAAAGAGCGAGGAUUUCCAUCGAAAGUCUUUUGAAUAAGACGAAAAAAGAAGAGUUCAGUCGACAAGAAGAAAGAAUGAUGGGUGAUGUUGAUAAUGAGAAUCGUCAUCUUGGUAGCGAACGCGUGUUGGAUGAUCAGGAUUCGGAAGGUUCCGAGAGUGAAAAUGAAACUGAAGAGAUCGAGAUUUCGGCAGUUAUAAACAAAGGCAUUAUUGCACAGCAUGAACCAGAACUCAAAGAGUGGCUUUUAUCAAUGAAACAGAAAUUUAACUUAAAUGUAAAUCAAAAGCGCAAAGAUGUGUCUGUCUCCGGGACAAUUGCGUCAGUUUUACAGUUUGAAAGCCAUCUGAAAACUUGUGUUAGGGAUUACGCCAAAAGUGACCGAAAUGUGUACCCACAAACUGUUGUGUAUAUGGACGAGAAAUCGUUCUCCCUUUUAUCAGGCAUUGGUGCACUUUCACGAUAUGCUGUUCUUCCUAGUGUUAAAGGAUGGACGUUUGAUGUCGCAAAAGGCUUAGUUAUAACCUGCAAGAAGGAGCAUAUGGAAUAUGUUCGAACACAGGUUACUGAAGAUCUGAACAAAAUGAAGCGGGAAUGUAUCGUAUUCGAAAACGACGAAAAAGCCAAAGAAGCUAGAGCUAAUCUUGAGAAUACAAAUUUAACAGAAGACAGUGCAAUCGUCUGCAGAAAUUCCGAAAUUACUAUCGGUUCGUUCGAUUACGGUAUAUUGCGCGAAUGCUUCGACGGGAUGCUUCCGAUGAUGCCAAAUACCCGUCGCAUAAGGACUAGUGAUGUGGAACUCAAAUUCACUGUGAAUGAUAUACGAAAUGAGAGUGUGGAAUUCAUUGCCAUUUCAUCGUCAGCAAAAAUGACGGGAAGAAAAGGCGCCGGAAAACUAUUGGCGGACAUGCUAGGAAAAGAUUUUUUGGAAAGCUGUGAAAAGUCGUUGAAAGAAAAAGGAGAUAUACAGGAAUACGAAUGCAGAGUUAUUCCAUCAGGAUUAGCUUAUCGUAGGUUUAUUGGGCAUUUGCGGCUGCCUGUCAAUGAAAAGAAACAAAGUUCACAAAGAAUUCAGUUCAUUCGUCUUGAAGAUUCCAUACUGAACUGCUUUAAGCGUGCUGAUGAAAUGGGGUGUAAAUCAAUUGCAUUGCCGUGUUUAGGAUCAGAAGAAAACAAGGGGGGAUUUGACUUACAUAACUGUGCAAAUGCUUACGUUCAGGCAUUUUUCAAGUUGCGAUCUUCAAAUUUGAAGGAGAUUUGUUUUGUUGACCUAAACGCCGACAAAAUAAAUACUGUUUUUGAAACCUUCUUUGGCACUCUAGGACGUCAACAUCAGCUUCAAAAAGAAUCGACCGUGUGAAAAGGAAGGAGAUACAAUGACGAGGCAAAGAAGUGUUUUGUUGUGCUGAGAGAAAAGUAUUUCAAACAAAGUACCGUUAAAUAUCGCUUUACAACACGUGAUGUUCUGGAUGUGGAACUAAAUACAUCGAAUUCAUUGUGAUUACCACCUACCGCCUUAUGAAACAUUAAAUGUUUAAUGGCAAUGGAGGAUUUUCCUUUCUACUUCCGUGAAAACAAGAUGGAGACAAAUACGUCCAUGUUAAAUAAACACUUCUGAGGUUAAUUCAUGUACAAAAAUGGUGAUCAUACUGUUAUCCAAUACGUACCAUUAUCCAAUACGUACUGUUAUUCAAUAUUUUUAGCUCGACUAUUCGAAGAAUAGAUGGGCUAUACUACUCGCCCCAGCGUCGGCGUCCGGUUAAAGUUUUAGGGCAAGUUGGGAUUUAUAAGUCCAAUACCUUACAUUCAAUUGACUUAAUACUUCACACAGUUGUUCAGGGCCAUCAAAUGAUGAGGUUAGAUAACUCCAUAUUAUUCUUUACACAGAUUAUGGCCCCUGAUUGACUAUGGAACUUGGGUUAAAGUUUUAGGGCAAGUUGGAAUAUUUAUUAAUAACUUCUAUAUCCUUUGUUCAAUUGACUUAAUACUUCACACAGUUGUUCAGGACCAUCCCACAAUGAGGUUACAUAACUCCAUAUUAUCCUAAAUACAAGUUAUGGCCACUGAUUGACUUGAGUUAAAGUGUUAGGGCAGGUUAAAGUUUUAGGGCAAGUUGGGAUUUUCACUUAAAACUCCAAUACCAUUCAUUCAAUUGACUUAAUACUUCACACAGAUGUUCAGAGCCAUCACAUAAUGAGGUUAGGUAACUCCAUAUUAUCUUUUAUACAAAUUAUGGCCCCUAAUUGACUAGGAAACUUUAACCUUAGGGCAGGUUGGGAUAUUGUUUAAUAACUUCUAUACCCUUCAUUCAAUUGACUUAAUACUUCACACUUGUUCAGGACCAUCACCCAAUGAGGUUACAUAACUCCAUAUCCUUAAUACAAGUUAUGGCCCCUGAUUGACUUAGGUUAAAGUUUUAGGCAAGUAAAAGUUAAGGGCAAGUUGGGAUUUUAAUAAAAAAAACUAUACCGUUCAUUAAAUGCCCUUAAUAAAAUUUAAAAUUAUUUACGACCAUCUUACAACAAGAAACAUAACUCCGUUUUAAGCCUAAAUACAAGUUAUGGCCCUUUAUGUAUCAAAUAAUUUUAGUUAGGUUUGACAUAAAGAGACCAAACUUGGUAUUAUUACAUAGUUAUUGUAUUCUAAGUCAAAGCGGCGUAGUCGAGCGCGCUGUCUUACGACGGCUCUUGUUUUAUCAACUGAUACAAUGAACGGAGUAGGAUAUGUUACGAACAGUGAUUGAACGUUUUACUUUUUCUGAAGUCUACUUCUAUUAUUUAUAAGUAAAAUAUGUGGUAAAAUGUGUUGCAUAAGUAUGAUUUGUACAAAUUUACAAAUUCGAAACUAUUUUAUCAAAGUGAGGAGAUGAUGCUAAUUUGAAAUGUGUGUCUGUGUGCGUGCAUGCGUGCGUGUGUGUGUGUGUGUGUGUGUGUGUGUGUUGCAUUUGAAUGCACGGUGUUAUCAGUUUUAUAUUCAUUUUUGGUUUUAUUUCUUUUAUAUUCUGUUGCAUAUAUAUUCUUUAUGUUUGUAUUAUAAAUCAACCAACGUGGAGGUUGAAGACGUCAGAAUGUCCAUUUUUCAAUCAAGUUAUUUAAACUGGAUCGGAUCAUAAUUAUGACCCAUGACGGGUAUCGAACGAAAAGCGGACGCUUUUAUCUCGAUAUGCAUCAGCAAUAUUUAUGUAUAUUGCUUAUUUGCUCCUUUUUUUAAUGAAUUAACAUAUUGAUCAAUUGCCAAAAGUAAACUUUUUUUCAAAAUUGUUUUUGCAAUCCUGCUUGUGUUUUUGUCUUAUAUAAUUGGAAUUAACACAAGAAUAGUAUGUGUAUAGCUGUAUGUUUGUUCUUGUUAUAUCCAUUGCAACAUUUAGAAAUGAUUUAAUUGGAACGUAUAUAUUAAAAUAGUUGGUAAGUCUCAUUUACCAAGCCAAACAUAGAAAUUCAAAACUAUAAAGCAUGUAUCAAAUGUGAAGAUGUCACAAACCGUAAAUAGUCAGUGAUAACAAAAAGGGGAUUCAUUGUGGUGGGAGCGGACAUCGUGUACGCAAAACGUGGCAGAAUUAGUUGUACUUGUCUAAGCAACAAAGUUCAAGCGUAUUCAUCGUACUUUCAAAAAUCGCGAAGUACUCAAACAUGAGAAACGUCAUUACCUGUAUAUACUAAAUUCCGUCAAAACAAGAAAUACAUUCCAGAUCAAUUCUCUGGUCAUACUGGUUCUAGACAGACGUUUAUUAGUCAGUUGGGGAACCUCUCUGAAAUGAGAAGUCAUGGGACAUUAUCUAUUGGACACGCUUUAGGUCAUAAUCCCAUAUUUAAAAGCAUUGUAUCAUAAAUUAGGUUUAUCCCGCGACAUGUAUAAUUGUCUCUAUAGACUUGUGCGCGGUUAUGAAUAAUUAUAAAAUAUGUAUUUUCUCCCUUACACUAAAAGUUAAAAACUCAAGUAAGUUGCAUAUGAUGUUGAUUGAAAUAAGCCAUUGUUGUCAGGAAUAGCCCUGGCACAUUUAAGGUGAGUUAGGGCGAUUUAUGGAAUGACAGUUUUAACAUUUAGGCAGAACGUGUGUAUGCUAAUUGUUUUUUGUUUAUGAUAUAUGCACACAAAUCUUACAUUUGUAAAAGUGACAAGAAUUACUUUUCCUUUGUAUGUAUGUUUGUGUGUGUGCGCGUGCGUGCGUGUUUACGUGCGUGUGUGUCUCAAUAAAAAGUAUUGUAAUUUUUGGUUAAAGUAUGCAUUAAGCAUUCAAAUUAAUAUAUCAUUUUACUAGUUUUACUUAAUUACUAGAAAAUUAAUAUGUUGAUUGGUUUCUACCAACACUUUAUAAAUGAUAAGCACAUGUAAAUAAAUUAUAUUCAUGUACUUAAAUAUUAGAGACAGUAAAUUGUCUAUCGAAUUAUCUACUUAAAAGAUGAUAUGAAAUAAAUGUAUUCAUACAUUUGUUAUGACUCAUGCGCCCGGGUGAUUAUACCACUAUAAUAAAUUCUUUCAAAACAUGUGGUCAUAAAGAUUUGGCAAAAUCGUUUAUCGCUAUUAACAGUAUUAAGAUUUCAAAAAUCAACUGCCAUUAAUUGGAGAACAAACCUAUCAUUUUUAGGUCUUUUAUUGCAAGUAAUUGCUCCCCCACAACCAUGUUCAAGCGUAAUCUAUACAUUUGUUAAGGUGGUAUACAUGCUCAUCACAUCGUUAUGAAAAGCCAUGCCUUGAUUCAAUUUUGCAUUAUUGUUCUUAGUGUUUACUCCAUAGCUUUCAUCAUUCCCAUCAUUUUUCAUCAUUUCUCGAGGAGUGUCGCAUUUUAUUAUGAAGAAAUACAACUGCAGUUUAAGACAAUACAUUGUUAUAACUAAUCCACCCAGAACAUACCUAACAAAAAAUACACAUUUCAAUUUAUUUUGAGAGUUUCCGGCGGCAACACUGCUAUACAUACUGCUCUGUGUGACCUCUUUAAGUUGAACUGUAAUAACUCUGGCUUUCCAUAAAUUAAAAUAAAAAAUCCCAUACUGACAAUAUGUUGUUAAACUCGCUCAUGAAUAAGCAGCCUUAAAUGUUUCAUGGUCUUAAACAAACAUUUUGUCGAGUUAAUGUGAUUCUCAUGCUCAAUUAUAAACAUAACACACCAUAUCUUUGGAUGGAAUAACGGCCUCAAAAUAUGAAGCAACUGCGGACUUGAAGGUUAACUGGGCUGCAAUUUGGUUCUUCUGUUGAUAGGAUAAUGACACUCUCCCAG